GCAGCAUGCAACUGUCUUUCAUGUUCCGGCACGUGGCGUGAGCUUGACGAUGCGCAACACUUUGAUUUUUGCAGGAAACUCAUGCCCGGUUCUCACAUCGCAAAUAUGUGAGAACCUGGGCAUGACUGCUGCGAAAGCCGAGCUCACACAGUUCUCCAAUGGCGAAACAAGUGUCAGAAUCUUGACAAGUGUACGAGAGAAGGAUGUUUUUGUGGUCCAAUCAGGUAGCCCGACCAUCAAUGACUCCAUCAUGGAGCUUCUCAUUAUGAUUUCUGCCUGCAAAGGUGGUUCUGCAAACAAGAUCACAGCUGUCCUCCCAUACUUCCCAUACAGUCGACAAUCGAAAAAGAAGUCGCAUAGGGGUGCGAUUACGGCUCGAAUGUUGGCCAACUUGCUCGAUGUUGCUGGCGUUAGGCACGUCAUUACUGUCGACUUGCAUGCGUCACAGAUGCAGGGCUUCUUCAGAUGCCCUGUCGACAACCUGCACGCCGAGCCUCUGAUUGCCAGAUGGAUUCGCCGCAAUGUGCCCAACUGGCGUGAAGCUGUUGUUGUUUCCAAGAAUGCUGGCGGCACCAAGCGUGUAACAUCGCUUGCCGACGCUCUCAAGCUGAACUUUGGUAUGGUUACAACAGACAGAAAGCGUGGCGGUAGCAUGGGCACCAGUAUGAUUCUCAACAACCUUGCUGGUGCUGAGCGCGAGCCCGCUCUCGAAAACCCACCUGAGAAGCUCCAGCCCCCUAAGGAGGAGCGCGAGGCAAAUCUCAUCACUGUGCCUGGCAUUCCUCCCCAACGCCGUGUGCCUAUUGCCGAUUCUCUUGGCUCUCCUACAAGAAAGGCAAGCGUGGCAAAGCCCUCAUCUGUCGAGUCCUACGCGACCCCUUCAGGCAGCGUCCACGAAGCCGAGGAGGCUGACUAUGAUGACCGUCGCGCGGAUGAAGUCACGCGGGCUCGUCUAAUCCACGGUCAUCUUGUUGAAGAUGACUUCCCGUCACCUCGUUCUCCCUCGGAGAGCACAGCAGAUGAAGAUCCUAUGAUGAUGUCUCACCAGUCAUCAUUCUUCUCGCCUGAGAAGCAUCUCCUCGGUGGCAGUGGUGAGCCCGACGCCGACUCGGAUGAGGAAGAAAACGUCUUCCACAACCCCAAAGCUCCCGAGCAUAUGAUCACCCUGGUUGGCGACGUCAAAAACAGAACCGUCUUCAUUGUCGACGACAUGAUUGAUAAGCCUGGCUCUUGGAUCGCCGCUGCCGAAACCGUUGUCAAGCGUGGCAAGGCCAAGAAGGUCUACUGCAUUGGUACGCACGGUGUCUUUGGAGGUGACUGCUUGGAGAAGCUGCAAGCCUGCGAGUGCAUCGACACAAUCGUGGUGACCAACAGUUUCCCCAUCAGCCAGGACCGAGUCAAGAACAUUUCGAAGCUCGUUAUUCUUGACGUCUCCAUCUUGCUGUCGGAAGCCAUCCGCCGCAAUCACUACGGAGAGUCCAUCUCUCCUCUCUACCAGCAUACCGAAUAAGGGGACGGUUCCUCAACUCCCAUCGGUUCUUUGUUACUAUUUAUGUGGUCAGCAGCUCUCCAACAUUGCACUGGCUAUGCAUGUAUUUGAUUGAUAUUUGUUUUUUUUAUGAGCGAGGAGUUUGGUUCAGGUAAAUUGACGACACGAUAUUACUAACGUGCUCUACGAAUGGGAGAAUUGCAUCAGUUAGAUGGUUCAAUGAAUUUUGAUAUCCUUUUUUCCUCUUUGUGAGUUCCCUUCCAACAAUCGACCUUGGUUACUCUCGGUCUCGUGCUUUGCUUCCCCGGCGGUGCUGUCCUUGUGGCAGCAAGGGUCCGAUUCACCUCAGAAUGGAUCCUUAACGGAACGUCGGCAGAUUAUAUUCCAUCGUCCUUAGAAGGCCCCCUAUUCUGGCUUCACGGCCAUACCUUCGGGUACGUGGAUAGGGGGCAAGAGAACUUCUCGAACAUUUCAUCAUCUCGUAAAUAUAGUUUGUGACCUUUUGUAGAGUUUUAUAUACUGCAAUACACUUAGUUCUUUCUACAUUGCUGUCUAUAUGCUGUUCGCCUUUUGUGCUAGAUUCAAACACCCUUGCGGUGAACACCAGUAGCAGAGACCUGGUGGUUGUGGAAGAUGAGGGUGUCUGCAAUGACGACGUUUUGGCGACGGGUGGCAGUGAAGACGAUGACUUCGGCAAUGUCAUCAGGUGUGAGAGGCUCAACACCGCUGUUGAACUGUUAGCAAUACAUGUCUAUUUGUGCUGUAGCUCAUGCACUUACGCAUAGACGGCGUCAGCCUUGGCCUUGUCACCACCGAAGCGGACAAUGGAGAAUUCCUAGAUGCAGAUACCAACUUUAGUAAUUGAAACUCUCCUUGUUCAUUCAAUAGCAGUCCAACAUACAGUCUCAACUUGUCCAGGGUCAAUCUCGAUAACACGGAUCUUGGUCUCAAUCAGCUCACGGCGCAAACUCUCUGUGAAGGCGCGGACAGCAGCCUUGGUAGCACAGUAGAUGGAGCCGCCGGGGUACGCUUCACGGGCAGCAAUAGAGCCCAAGUUGAUGAUAUCACCAGAGCCACCAUCAGCACGAGCCUUAAAGAUGGGCAGGAUGGCCUGUGUCAUGUUGAUGAGGCCAGUGACGUUGGUAGCAAACAUUUGGUCGACAUCCGCUUCGUCGAUUUCGGGAGCGCGAGCAACGCCCUUAACCAUACCACUACCGAGACAGCAUUAGCAAAAAAGGACUCCGAC